CCGCUGUCCCUGCGCCCCGCUGUGAGCUGCUGGUACCGGCUGUCGCCGCCGCCGCUGCCGCCUGAGGUGUCUCGGUAGCCGCCGCAGCCUGGCACUGCCCCGCUGUCACUGAGGAUGAGCCCUCGCGCUGCCCAGCGCCCGUCCCGCCCUGCCCGCCCGAGUCCAUUCAUCUAGCGACUGGUCUCCCUUGCAAUUAUGGAGUUUUAGAAGAACAAGGUAGUGUGGAGGGGGAAUCCCCCUCUCCACACUUGAGGUAGUUCACUUUUGGAAUUUUCUAUGGACAAGAAUAUUUGUUAUAUAAGAUGGUGAAAUAAGACUUCUAAAAAUAUAUAUUUAUAAAUAUUUAUUUGGAUCAAGUGCCAAACAUAGCAGUACAAAAAUUUCAAAUGGCAGCUCAAUAAAACUGGAUUUACAUCCUUGGAAUUACAAGUUUUUGAAGGCACUGUGUUGUGUACUGAAUUGGAGUGCCUUGAUACCCUUAAGGGUUGUUCCCCUUAAGAAGAGGAGCAGCUUCAGAAGUGAAGAUGAGUUCUCUCAUGCCAGACUGCACUUCCAAGUGUCGAUCUCUGCAGCAUGCUCUGGAUGUGAUUUCUGUGGUAACCAGAGGAAGUGAAGGCCAGAUCAAGGCCUUUCUCUCUUCUUAUUGCUACAACGCUGCAACUAUCAAGGAUGCCUUUGGAAGAAAUGUUAUACAUCUUGCUUCAUCUUGUGGCAAAAAAGGUGUGCUGGACUGGUUGGCUGAGACCAAAGGAGUAGAUCUCUUGGCGAAAGACAAAGAGUCUGGAUGGACAGCUUUGCACAGAAGUAUAUUUUAUGGAUACAUUGAUUGUGUUUUGUCAUUACUGAAGCAUGGCGUUAGUCUGUAUGUUCAGGAUAAAGAAGGCUUAUCAGCCCUGGAUCUCGUGAUGAAAGAUAGGCCAAUCCAUGUGGUCUUCAAGAAAACUGAUCCCACCGAAGUCUACACCUGGGGAAACAAUAUCAAUUUUACUUUGGGUCACGGUGGUCAACAGGGUAAACAUCAUCCUGAACUGGUGGACCUUUUUCCUCGGAAUGGCGUCUAUAUCAAACAGGUGGUACUCUGCAAAUUCCACUCUGUGUUCCUUUCUCACAAAGGCCAAGUUUAUACAUGUGGCCACGGACAAGGAGGACGCUUGGGUCAUGGUGAUGAACAAACAUGCCUGGUUCCAAGACUCGUGGAAGGCUUAGCUGGCCACCAGUGCUCCCAGAUAGCUGCAGCCAAGGAUCAUACUGUUGUUUUAACUGAAGAUGGAUAUGUUUACACAUUUGGUUUAAAUACUUUCCAUCAAUUGGGUAUUCUUCCUCCUCCUGCUAAUUGCACUGUUCCUAGACAGGUUCAGGCCAAAAACCUGAAAGGUAGAAUGGUGGUUGGCGUGGCGGCAGGCAGAUUCCAUACAGUGCUAUGGACUAAGGAAGCAGUGUAUACCAUGGGGCUGAAUGGCGGCCAACUAGGUUAUCUGCUGGAUCCUAACGGGGAAAAAUGUGUAACUGCACCUCGGCAGGUUUCUGCUCUGCACCACAAAGACAUCUCUGUGUCCUUGGUCUCCGCGAGCGAUGGUGCCACAGUGUGUGUUACUGAAAGAGGAGAUAUUUAUUUGCUUGCAGACUAUCAGUGCAAAAAGAUGGCUUCAAAACAGCUGAACCUUAAAAAAGUUCUUGUUAAUGGUGGGUAUUUGGAAUAUAAGGUAGAUACCCAGCAUCUUAAAGAAAAUGGGGGUCAGAAGAUUUGCAUUCUAGCACUGGAUGAAGCUGGAAGAGUGUUUUGUUGGAAGUCAUCUAACAACUCCAUGAAGCAGUGUCGCUGGGUGUACGGCCGGCAAGUCUUCAUGUCCGAUGUGGCUUUAAAUAGGAAUGAAAUAAUGUUUGUCACACAGGACGGGGAAGCCUUUACAGGGAAGUGGCUGGAAGAAGGGAAGAAAAUGUCAGAAAAGAAAGAACUUCUGUCGAGUCUUCAGAAUUCUUCCUGUGAUGUGUCCUGUGAGCACGAUACAAACAGCGUGUAUGAAAGAAUUCGACUCCAGAAGCUUACUUUUGUCCACCGAGCUGUUAGUAUUGCCACCGAUCCUAAUGGCUGCAAUUUUGCUGUUUUACAGUCAGAUCCUAAAACAAGUCUCUAUGAAAUUCCAAGUGUGUCGUUAUCAAGUUUUGGCGAGGAUUUUGGCAAACUGUUAGACGAGACAGAUGAAAUGGACAGCAUCCACGACGUGACUUUUCAGAUUGGCACCAGAACUUACCCCGUGCACAAAUACAUCUUGGCCGCGCGCUCCGACUUCUUCAAGAAGCUCUUUGUUUCCAGUGACAACCAGUUGGACACCCCAGACGUCUACCGUAAAGAUGAAGAUGCUGUUGGAUGUGACUUGUAUGUCAUAGAGAAAGUUCACCCCGAUCUGUUUGCCUACCUUCUGCAGUUCAUAUACACUGACACUUGCGAUCUCCUGACUCAGGGUUUUAAACCCAAAAUCCUGCAUAAAGGAAAAUCGGAAGAAUAUCAAGACACUUUGAUUUCUAACCUGAGCAAAAUGAGUUUUGAUGAAAACGUUAACGGAAAGUCUGCGUUUGAGAUUUAUAGAAAUAAUCAAGUGCAAGUUAUAAAUGAGAAACAGAAGAGCAAAGCUAAAAAAGGCAAAGUUGCUGGGGAAGAAGCGAACCUCAUAAAAAUGUUGCAAAGUGCUGCGAGGAAGUUUGGACUCAGCAAUUUAAGUGGAAGGUUGGAUGGAGUCAGGUUAGAAAAUGGAAAAAUUAAUGUUGUCAACAAGAAGAAUGGGAACAAACCGAAGUUAAAUCAGAAGAAAUGUUCAUACCUCUGUGAUGUGACCCUGAAAUCUUUAGAUGGAAAGGAAUUCCCAUGUCAUAAGUGUGUCCUUUGUGCAAGACUUGAUUAUUUUCACAGCAUGUUAAGCAGCUCGUGGAUUGAGGCUUCCUGUUGUUCAGCUCUGGAGAUGCCGAUCCAUUCUGACAUACUACAGAUCAUUGUAGAUUACCUGUACACAGAUGAAGCUCUUGCUAUAAAAGAUUCUCAGAAUGUGGAAUUCAUAUGUAAUGUUCUUGUGGUAGCAGAUCAACUUCUUAUAUCCAGACUCAAAGAAAUCUGUGAAGUAGCCAUUGCAGAAAAACUUACUUUGAAGAAUGCUGCCGAGCUGCUGGAAUUCUCAGCAAUGUAUAAUGCUGAGCAGUUAAAACUCUCCUGUUUGCAGUUCAUAGGACUCAACAUGGCAGCUUUGCUGGAGGCAAGGACUCUGGAUGUCUUAAGUGAUGAAGUUGUAAAGGAUCUUUCUGUUUAUUACAGGAAAAUGAUUCCAGCUAUGGUCAGAAGAGUAAUUACUCCAUAUCCAGAUGGACCUGAUAUAAGUUCUUUUGAGCCUGAAGAUGGAGAGAACUUUGUCUUUCUAAGGGAAGAAAUGAAUGCAGAACAAAAUUCUCAGGAAGCCCUUUUCAAAAAAGCAAAAAAUAAAGCAAAAAAGAAGCCACGGAAACGGUCUGACAGCUCCGGAGGAUAUAAUCUGUCAGAUAUUAUUCAGAGUCCAGCUUCUACAGGCUCAGUAAAACUGGAUAAAACUAACUCUGUAGAAUCACUUCCAGACCUCUUAACAUCUGACUCGGAAGGUAGUUACGCAGGAGUGAGUAGCCCCAGAGACUUGCAGUCCCCUGAUUUCACAAAAGGAUUUCAUCCAGAGAAGACUGAGAUGAAGGACAAAGCGUGCAGUCAGGGUAUGAAACCCUCUCCACCUCACAAGGAGUUGAAGUCAUACAAGGGCUCACCAGCACUGACACAGUCUGUCCCACAGUCCAUUCCCAGUGCUAGAAACAAUUCUGCCAGCUCUCCCAAUUGGGUAGCAACCAGUUUCAGCCCUGCCAGCCCUCCUGCUAUGGACCUAAGAACCAUCAUGGAGAUUGAAGAAAGCAUGCAGAAAUGUGGAACCAUGCCAAAGGCAAAUUCAGGCAGAAUGGCGUCUCAUGGCAUCAAGCUUUCUCAGAAGCAAAGGAAGAUGAUUGCCCUGGCAGCAAAAGAUAAUGGAGCAAUAACUGGCAGCACAGAACCUACUGCAUUAAUAACCACACCACCCCCGCCUACAAAAGUUGCAAAACUAGGGAAUGCAUGGUCAUCUUCAUUACAUUCUGCUUUGCCAAAGUCAUUCCGUGAUCUUGUGAUGGAAGAAGAAAAAUCUUUGAGUGCAAAUAAUUCACCUGGUUCUGGUGUCAAAAGAGCUGGAUGUAAAGGAACUGAGGAUUCAUCAGUCCAAAACACCACAAGUCCAUGGGUAGCAGCAUCACCAUCCCGUUCUCCUGUGACGGCGCCCGUCAUGUUUUCGGCCAUUGUAGAAGAAGAGCUCCAGCAAGAAGCUGCUCUCAUUAGGAGCAGAGAAAAACCUUUGGCUUUGAUCCAGAUUGAGGAAUGUGCUAUUCAGGAUUUAUUAAUCCACUACGAAGCUUUUGACAACCCCGAUGAGUUUGUGACUGUCGAAAGGGCUCCGCAGGGACCUAUAGCAGCACCCAUGUGGAACAAGCACUAAUUUCUACUCUUCACAGUCCUUCUUGUGUUUGCACUUCCCAAGUUGUGUAAUUCUUCUUACAAACGAAACGGGACUGGAAAAAACAGGAAUCGUGUAGUUUUUAACAUCAGCAUUAAAACGCUGCACAUAAUCACUAGGUGUUUGUUGGAGAGAAUGGAAAUAACGUGCUCACUGUGUCCUUUACCCACAGUAUAUAUAUUGUAUGUAUGUUUUGAGAGAAUUUCUUUAACAAGACAUAUUAUUAGCGGUGUUCCACGAAGCUGUAGAUUGGAAAUGCAUUUACUAAUCUUCAGUUGUGAGGGUUUGGGGGAUUUUUUUUGUUUGUUGUUAAAUUCACAGACGGCUGAAAAGCGAGUGCUUCUUUUGUGAUUUAAUGUGGAAUUGAAUGUGCAGAAUUACACACCUUUAAAGCUCGGGGGUGGGGUGGGGAUAUGUUCUUCAGAGCUUUCUGGCAAAUUGGGAAUAUUUGGGGCGAAAAAAAAAAAGUUUGUGCUUGAACUUGGUGUUAAAAGUACAGUUUGAUAACGCGGUUUUCCUUAAGCUGUGUGUGUCAGUACUGGUUCCUCUGAUUGUUGUGGCCAGUACUUUUUGCUGUCCUGCUCCACAAUGAACCUCUGUCCUCACCAUGGCCUGCCUCACUUCAGUUGUGCAUGUUUUUCCCCCUCUCUUGGAGCCAUGGGGUGAGUAGAACGUGGUGGCACUUCGUUAGCUCCUCUAUAGUCUUAUUCUGGUAAAUAUGGUACAGUUUUAGAACCACCGUGUUUGAAGGUACAACUCACUCGAAGUUCUUGAGGAAAUAAAAGGUCUGUGUGGUAAAACUCUAGGGGCGAGCGCUUGACUCUGGAACUGUCAAACACCCAAACCUUCAAAGAUUAUCAUAGGUGGCUUUCGGUAUUGUGUGUUCCAAAGUUCUCUGUGCCUGGUUUAAAUGAAUUUAUAUCUAUAUAUAAAAAACAAAAAGUAAAAAAAAAAAGUAGCCUUAUCUGCACUAUUCUGUCUAGUUUGUCUGUUUGUGUAGGUGUGUUUGAACUUGGACUUUCUCAGUAGUGUCACUAACUCCCCAAUUCUGGAAAACUGGAAUGGAGAGAGCUACGUAAAAUGAAUGUAGAGAAUUGAUCACUGUGUGAUAAAAGAAUCUUGGGGGUGGAAAAAAAAAACCCAACAACCCUAUGUAGAUGUGUCUUAUGGUUUCAGGUCAAGCUACACCAAAAAAAUCUCCUCCUCCUCCCAAAUUGUAAACAAAUGCAAUAAACCAUAAAAUCUUGAUUUACACAAAGUUA